AUGAAGAACGCCUGGAAAGGUGUACGAAGUGGCGUUUCGUCGAAACGAGAAGAUCUGCAAGGCAUCCGAGGGAUCGCCAUCAUCUCGGUGUUGGGAUUCCAUUUCUAUCCCUCAAUAUUCCCCAAUGGAUACCUCGGUGUCGAUCAAUUCUUUGUAUUAUCCGGCUUCCUGAUGUGUAUGCUUCUGAAAAGGACCGAAUCCGAUCCAAUAUCCACAUUGAUCCUCAAUUUCUACACAAAACGAUUCCGCCGAAUUCUUCCCCUUUACUUCCUCGUCAUCUUCCUCAUCCUAGUUGCUCUCUAUUCGGUGUUCCCCGAAACAGCCAUCGAGAAUAAUCUGAGCUCGGCGGCGAAUGCGCUCCUCUUCGUGUCGAAUCGCCCAAAAACCGCCGAAGAGGACUAUUUCCAAAUGAUGGGCAUUGCUAGUGAUUUGUUCACCCAUACAUGGUCAUUGUCAGUCGAAAUUCAAUUCUAUUUCAUCGUUCCAAUCAUAUUCAUUAUCGGGUCAUAUUUCUCAAGUCACAUGGCUUAUUACGCAAUUAUCGGUCUCGCCAGCUUCACAUUCUACUCAAUCUCAAAUGAAUCGGUGUCAUUCAACAGUGUGUUCGCCAGAAUCUGGCAAUUCGUUAUUGGAAUGGUUGUUUAUUUCUACGCGCUCAACACCAAACCAUCGCCAUCCUACAAACCUCUCGGAAUCAGAGAACUUGGAAUCGCGCCAAAGAAGCUUCUAGACGAUGAUGCUCAAUCAACUUCUCGCUUCAAUCUUCAAGCUCGAUUCGUGUCCAUCGCCCAGUACGUCCUAUUCGCGGCAAUCGUUUGCAUUUCAAAUUGUCCAGUUCUGAUGCCAUCAGUGAUUACCAGGCUUCUCGUCACAAUGAGCACGGGUGCUCUGAUGUGCAUCUCAGAUGGGAAUAUGGUGCUUUCGAACAAAAUGCUCGCUUAUAUCGGCGAUUUCUCAUAUUCGCUCUACCUCAUCCACUGGCCAAUUUAUACCUAUUGGAAGCUAAUCUAUCAGAAUGACAAUUCAGCGCUUUUCUUCUGCCUUCUCGCCUCAGUUUUUCUCGCAAUUCUCAGCUACGAGUUCUUUGAAAAGAGGACAUCAAUGCAAAUUUUCACCAUCGUCGUCGCCCUGUUGACCGCCAACGCCUUCAUCCUCAACAAGGACGCCAUCAUCUACAAUUUGAGCGUUAGGCCAGAAGUGCACCACAAUCUCACACAAGUCGUGGGUCUUCCCGAGAAUCUCACCAUCGAUGAUGCCGCCUAUUAUAACCAUUUAUGGACGAUAAACGACAUGACGAAUUUGAUGGUGCCGAAUUGCAUUUACGAAAGGAAAGGACCAUUGGGUUGGUGCAAUUAUACCGGUCUCGACGCGCGAUCCAAAUACAAAUUGUUCUUCUUCGGCAACAGCUGGACAGCAAACCACGCGAAGCUGCUGUUUGAUGAAUGUCGAGAUACGGCGCACACGAUAGUUCAAUCGUCCGCCUAUGGUUGCGAACCGCUCUAUCCAACAGUGAAUGUGAUUGAGUGCGAGCGAGAGAUUCAAGUGUUCCGGAAGCGGAUUGCCGAAGAGCAGCCGGAUUACGCGUUCUUGAUAUCAAGGUUCAUCACUGUCGGCGAUCCGAUUCCGAGCAACGUCACGAAUCUAGGCACCGACGACUACAUCUACCAAGUGAUGCUCGACAACGUGCGAUUCUAUGCCGACAACACCAAAAAGAAGCUGUUCAUUCUCGACGCGGUUCCACGCAUCAAUCCUUUCGAGAUUCCCAACAUCGUGCCGAACCUCAAGUCGAAUAUGGAUCCCGCCGAAAUCGAUAGACGCCUCGUGAAUGAGGUCGACUACGAGGCGUGCCGAAAACGCUUCGCGCAAUUAUUCAACGAUUGCGGCGACAAAUGCCAACAGAUCGACUAUCAGCCCGAAUUCUUCAACAACGCGACGAACACGUUUCGCUAUUUCGACGAGCUCGGCAUCGUCUACUUCACCGGACUCAAUCAUUUGUCGCCGCACGGCCUCGAACGCGUUCGACAUCUCUAUCACGACAUCUGUCAACAAUUGUAA